AUCGCCACCCUCCUGCAGCCUGUCGAGUUCGAUCUACACGAUGCAGGUCGUUACCUCGUUCAGCGGCGUGGCACUGCGCCCCGCGCAGUCCGUCAGCCGUCCGGCCCGCCGCAGCAGCGUGGUUGUGCGCAGCGAGGGCAGCGAGGGCAGCGAGCUGGCCAAGGUUGAGCGUGUGGCCAAGGCUGGCGGCCUGUACCAGAACUUCACCAGCUCCCAGGCCCUGGGCUACCUCGAUGGCACACUCCCCGGCGACUUUGGCUUUGACCCUCUGGGCCUGUGCGACCCCGAGGGCGCCGGCGGCUUCAUCACCCCGGAGUGGCUGGCCUACUCCGAGGUCAUCCACUGCCGCUGGGCCAUGCUGGGCAUUGCCGGCUUCCUGGCCCCCGAGGUGCUGGCCACCAUCGGCGCCAUCCCCGCCAGCCCCGAGGAGGCUGUGUGGUUCCGCAGCGGUGUGAUCCCGCCCGCGGGCCAGUACGGCGCCUACUGGACCGACGCCUACACGCUCUUCUGGGUGGAGGCCAUCAUGAUGAACUUUGCGGAGCUCAAGCGCUGGCAGGACUACCAGAGCCCCGGCUCCCAGGGCAAGCAGUACUUCCUGGGCCUGGAGGCGGUGUUUGGCGGCUCCGGCAACCCCGCCUACCCCGGCGGCCAGUUCUUCAACAUGCUCAACCUGGGCAAGACCCCCGAGGCGAUGAAGAAGCUGCAGACGAACGAGAUCCGCAACGGCCGCCUGGCCAUGAUUGCGUGCCUGGGCUGCUUUGGGCAGGCGGUGAUGACCACCAAGGGCCCCUUCGCAAACCUGCUGGACCACCUGGCCGACCCCAUCUCCAACAACGUGCUUGGCAACCUUGCGACCAUCCUCAAGUGAGCUUUGCGUAAGCUCCUCAGCUAGGAUCCAGCAGCAAGGCGCCCUGACGGCAGCUGCCCCAUUUAGCGUGAGGCCGCAGCGGGCGGGCCGCUGCGUGGGGCCGCCGCCCGCCCGCGCCCCGAGCGCCGCCACCGCACCCCGCCACCGCCACCACCCCGAGAAGAACCCUUCACAAUCUCUGUUCGCUUUGCUUACGCUCUCUGUGUCCACAUGAGGAUUGCAAUCAAUCACACUGCUUGGUGUAAUUUUAACGCUCGCCACCUUGC